GAAGCGAUGCACUUAGACCCGCGGCAGCGCGUCUUAGUCGCGGACGUAUCCGCCGCGUGGACGGCGGCGGCGACGACGACAGCGAAGCAGCGAACGAACGACGUCGCGGUGUUCACCGGCGUCGCCGGAAAGGAUUACGCGUUACUGCUCAAAUCGUGCGGCGUUCAGAUCGGCACGUUCACCGGCACCGGGAACGAAGCCAGCGUGACGUGCGGGCGCGUGAUGUUCUCGCUCGGGUUCACGGGCGCGUCCGCGGCGAUCGACACCGCGUGCUCAUCCUCUCUCGUCGCCGCGUCGUUCGCGUUGGACGCGGUGCGCCGCUCGUUCGACGGACUCGGACGCGUCGAUCGGGCCCCAAGGACAGCGCACGCGUUCGCCGCGGGGGCGAGUCUGAUGCUCACCCCGGACAUGCACCUCACGCUCGGCGGCGCGGGAAUGCUCUCACAUUUCGGGCGGUGUAUGACAUUGGACGCGAGCGCGGACGGGUACGGGCGCGGGGAAGCGUGCGCGUGCGUCCUCAUCGCGUGCGGCGACGCGAACGAGAGAGAAGAAGACGAAGAUACUAUAAAGGGCGACGCCGUCGUCGCGUUCGCGGGGUCGGCGGUGAACCAAGACGGACGGAGCAGCUCUUUGACCGCGCCGAACGGUCCGUCCCAGCGCGCGGUCGUUCGAGAAGCCGCUUUCGGUUUCGGUUCCGGUUCCGGUUCCGGUUCCGGCGCCGUGACGGAGGAACGCGUCGGGGGAACGCGCCUGCUGCAAAUGCACGGCACGGGGACGCCGCUCGGCGACCCG